AGUCUCCUUCAGCGCGACAUCACCCAAGGAUGUCGUCGUCGUCCACUCCGCAGACUGUCAUUGGGCAAUCUGCCAAGGUACCCAGUGCACAGCUACGGUCAAGACAAGGGAGGGGUGUGGGCAACAGGGACAACUCGCUACCCUCCUCACGAACGCUCCUCUUGUCGGCCCAAGCCGCCGGUUCACGGUAGAGGAUGGACGACAGAGACAGCGAGACAUAAGCCGUGUUUCACCACCUGCGAGGCUGCUUCUCCUGCUGCUCCACGGGUAGCCGUCCCAGCCAGGCAAAAGCAGUGGAAAUGGCCGUAUUGGCCGCGAACCACCACCAACGCCCAAGAUGCACUGCUAAGCCGGUCAGUCCCCAAGCCACAACUGCCUAUCUGGAGGGAACGAGACUAA